AUGAUAACAACAACUAGAUCCCUGAAUUUUAGAUUGCCACAAUUAAGCAUAAAGAAUCUAGAAAAAUCUAGAGAAAAAUCAAAUAAACCUACAAUUAGAUCCAUUAAUAACGUCUACGAUUAUUCUAAUUCUCCCCCUAAAACUAGAACUGAUAAUAUCUCGAGGGGAUCCCUUUCCACUCCCCUGUAAUAUUGUCGAUAUUCCUGUUAUAAUAUAUAAAGAGUGGAUUCAUCGUUUAAUGACUAAGAAAUCUUUAGUGCACAAUAAAAAAGUGUUUAAAGAAACGAAAAUAGCAAAAAUAUAAUUAGUGAUUAAAUUGAAAAAUUGACUUAAAGAAUCAAAAAUCUAAGCAAAACCAAAAAAAAAAUACAAGAAUCCAUCUCUUCAAAACAAUAUAAAAAAACUGAACCCUAUAUUCAAAAAUAGUCAGAUAAAUAAUAAUAAUCCAAAAGUUCCAAAUUAAUACUCAAGACUGAAGAUAAAAAUGAACCACUAAACAUAGAAUAGAAGAAAGUCAUCCAAGAAAAAAUGUAAGAUAUUUACACUCAAGUACAAGCCAUACUCAAAUCUCAUAAAGGUUAUGUUAGAUAAUCAGAUAAAAAGAAUGUCUAUAUUAAAUUGGUCUAAUUAAAAAAGCAAUUCAAACUUGUUAAUCAAGAUUAUAACGAGUUUUAUAUUAAUCCAACUAAUGAACAAUUCAAAUUGGAUUUUGAAUUAGUCGAUCGAAUUGAAUAAUUAAAAAAAUUAUUUGAAAAUAAAAGACCUACUAAACGCAAUUGUGAAAGUCUUUUCGAUGGAAUGGAUAUCUCCAUUGUAUUUCAAACUGAAGCUGAUGAAAAAUUUAAUAAUCUUGACUUUAAUGAAAUAUCUGAAAAAGACUUUGAGCAAUCCCAAGAUUAAAUAGAGUAAUUCACAGAUCAAAUGACUGAUUGCUCACCAGCCAAUAGCACUACCAGAAGAAGAACCACUAAUUUAAAUAAAAGAACAACAAAACAAUACUCAAUUUAGCCAAUUUAAGUUUAACAAGAGAUUACCCAAUAACCACAAAUGAAUAGAAGGAAGAGCAGCAUAAAGUCAAUUAAUAGUCCACUUACACCUAAAACUCCAGACUCUCCAUCUACUAUGACUUCUAGAAAUAAUAAAUUUAAUGCAUAAUAAAUUCUUGAACAAAAAUUAAAAUUACCAGCUACUCCACCUAAGAAAUUAGAAUAACAGUAAUUCUAAGAAGAUUAAGCUAUCAUUCUAAAAAAAGAAAUUUAAAAAAGACAAUCUAAACUCAUUUCUCGAAAGACUACAUUAGAUCUAUAAAAAGAACCAAAAUCAAAAUCUAGAGCAAUUUCAAGAAACAGUGUGGUAGAAGUUACUGAAAAUUCUGAAAAUGAAUAGAAACUAAUACCUAAUUGUCCUACUAAUCAAACAUAAAUGAGUAUUGAAAAUAAUCAAGAAUCUGAUCAAGUCCAAAAUAUUCUUGAUUAAAUAGAAGAUCUAAAAGAAUAAAUACCUACUGAAAUAUAACAACAGCCAAACCAUUAAAUUAUCUCGUCAAAUCAAUAAUAAUAAUAAUAGCCUACUCAACAUUUGGUAAUUUAAGAAUCCAAAAUAAUAUAAGAACUCUAUUAAUCAACAUUUAUCUAUGAUGAGGAUAUUGUGAAUAAACACAGAAAAGAUAAAUACAAAACUCAAUGGGAAUAAGAUAUCUAAUCAAUUUUAUCAAAUUAUUAUUAAUUUUUUUGA